UUGUACGGGGGGCGAUUUAAUUAAUUCACUCCUCGGAUUUAUAAAGUCCCUUUGUUUUGACGAGCUAGUUGCCUUCAUCUUUACUCUGUCAAACAUAUCAAAACAAAGGACAGCAUUGGCAUGGAACCUGUAUAUUACAAGGCUGCAGCAGAAGGCAAAAUCGAGGUCUUCAAAGAUAUUCCAAAGCCUCUUAAACAACUACUAACCCCAAAUAGAAACACAGUCCUUGAUAUUCACCUCACAACCUUAUUUGAGAAAUCAGAAUCAUCAACCGACUUUGUUGAAGAAAUUCUUACAAAGUGUCCAGAACUGCUAAGGCAAGCUAAUGUCAAAGGUGAAACUCCCUUGCAUAUCGCGGCAAAAUAUGGGGAUGCUGCCAUCGUGAAAGUUUUAAUUGAACAUGCAAAAAGGCCCCAACAAGACCCCAAAAGUGAGGUCAAAGUUACAACUGAAAGUGCUCUCCCCCCAGAACUCGAAAGUGGGGUCGAUAAAACGGUCAAGAAGAUGCUGAAGAUGAAGAAUAAAGAAAAUGAGACGGCCAUGCAUGAGGCUGUACGUAAUAAUCAUCUUGAAGUGGUGAAACCGUUGGUUGAAAACGGUAAAGAUAUUUCAUAUUCUGCUAAUGAUGCUGGUGAGACUCCACUGUACAUGGCUGUGGAGAGAAAUUAUAGGGAGGUGGUGUUACACAUUUUAGAAAACUGCAAAUCAUUAACUCAUGAUGGCCCACUUGGUGGAACCACGUUGCACGCUGCAGUGAUUUGGAACGAUGAUGUAAUGACAGGUGAAAUUCAAGAAAAAAUAGAACCUAAAGCACUAAGUGCUCAAAAAUAUAACCGACGUUGUUUGACUCCGCUUCACUGUGCUGCGUACUUCAAUGGUUAUAGUACAAUAAAAAUAUUACUGAAAAUUGAUAGAUCUAUGGCAUACAAGAAAGACAGAAAGGACAUGACGGCUCUUCACAUUGCAGCUGAUCGAGGCCAUGUAAAAAUAGUGAGUGAGAUUUUAGAAUAUUGUCCUGAUUGUAACGAACUAGUUGACAAGAGAGGUUGGAAUGCACUCCGUUUUGCCGUGAACUCAUCUCACAAGGAUGUUAUUAAUGUCAUCCUAAACCAAUCAUCACUCAGCAACCUUUUGAAUGAAAAGGAUGAAAGCAGGAACACACCUCUCCUCCAUUCCAAAUCAUUGCCAUAUAUAAAGGAUCUCAUGCAGCACAAUAGAGUAAAUAAGAUGGCCUUCAACAAACAAAACCUUGAUGCUUACGACAUUGAAGAAUUAUCAAAAGAAAAGGAAUCUGUAAAUCAAAGGAGUGCAACAAUGUUUCAAAGGUCAAAGUCCUGCCCCGUCAAAUUUGGAGAUAAUAAAAUUGCAUUCCCUCAUAAUCGUCCCGCGGAAUUUCGAAAAUUCUUAGGAGAACAUUAUAUCAAACCAAAGAGUUUUCUAUUUGGUUUAUUGCAGUGGGAGGAGGAAGCCUAUAAUUCCCGUAAAGAACGAUUUGUUUGUGUCAUGAAAAAAACAUCCCAACACCAUAUGGUAGUGGACACACUCAUUGCAACCGUGACUUUUACAGCUGGUAUUACCAUGCCUGGGGGUUUCAUAGGUCAAGAAGGCCCACACUCAGGCUCUCCAGUUCUGAUCAGAAAUACUGCUUUCAAAGCAUUUAUUAUUACAAAUACCAUAGCCAUGGUGCAAUCUUGUUCUGCUGCCUUUUUCCACCUAUUCAUGCCACUAUUGUUUGACGAGCAGAACCUUGGAGACUUUUCUUUCCUACUGGCCACACUGGCCUUCUUCGCUUCCAUAUCUUCCAUGGGAACAAUGAUGGUGGCAUUUGUUUUGGGCACAUACGCUGUGUUAAUGCAUUCCUGGGGUCUUGCCGUUGCCAAUUCUGUCAUCGGAUUGUUCUACUUCAUCCCCGUCUUUUUCAUAUGUAUCGGAUGUUUAAAUUAUUUCCUCGAAAUAUUGAGAGUGGGUUCGUUUUGGAUUUUAGACAGGUUGUGCAAAUUCAGGAAUUUCCUUGGUGAUGCUCUUGAGAAGUGGAUGAGAAGUAGUAGGAAUUUCCUUCCACAAAGAAGUAGUAUGAGAAGUAUAUUGCCACGUGCUUCUUUGUCGUCGUAGACGGAAAUUUUCAUUUCCAGUGAAGCAUCCGGAGACUGUUACGAACUUGGUACAACUGUUUUAGUUAUUGCAUCCUCAUGCUUUGAUUAAUUUUUCAAAUCGUUCCUUGUAAGACUAUUUAAAUUCUGUUGACUCAGAGUGACUAUUU